GAGGCCAGUGAUGUCAUGCUGAUGUCAAUGCCUCUAAUUGUAAAUUGCACACAUAGCCGCGCAGUUGGCUGUGGUCACAUCUCAGUCAGAGAGGAGACUCUGAAGGGAACACUGUCUGUUGGAAAGCUUGGGGAGCAGAUAGAGAAUGGCUGUAACUGGGGAUGAGUCAGAAACAGGCUCCACAGGUGACUUCACCGCCUGCCAGCUGCACAUACCCAGCUCCAACCUCCCGCACAGGGGGGCAGGGGCCAGCGCUCAUGGCCCCAAGAGAUCAGGAGAGGACACUGUGAAAAAGAGGGAGUUCCGCUUGAUGAAGAACAGGGAGGCCGCCCGGCAGUGUCGCCGAAAGAAGAAGGAGUACGUCAAAUGCCUCGAAGAUCGCGUGGCCGUGCUGGAAAAUCAAAACAAGACUCUGAUUGAGGAGCUCCGAGCUUUGAAGGACAUCUAUCGGCACAAAAUGCAGUGAAUCCUCAGAGCGGCGGAGGAGCCUUGAAUGCGUGGAGCUGUGUUGUCUGUCUAUGUACAAACACUCACAUGAACAUGCGCUCGCACAAACCUCUUCUUGUCUUUUUGCUGUUAAAUAUGUUUACAUGAUGAUGUCAAUGUCUCUGGCUCCGAAUCGCCUGCGCGCCACAACCAGCAACAACAAGAACUUUGUUCCAGGUCAGGGUCACUGUCAGGGAGCUUGUGUCCCUUUGCACAGGGAGGCUGUCGGAGUGGGCAGGAGGACAACAAGGGAAUAUAUGGACCGCCUGCCUUACUGAGAGAAACUGAAGUCGAAGCAUUGGUCUGUCUCUAACACCUAUGCUGUAAACCCCUCUACACUUUCCAUUCCUUUAGGAUUAGUUAUCAAAUUUGGCUUUUCAUGAUCUACUCUUUCAGCCGAUCGUUUUUUGUGAUGUGUAUUUUGCUACGACCAAAUGUUCAAAGAGGAUCUGAUCACAUCCCCUAGCUGUGUUUUCAGCUAAUUUCUGUUUUCCUAAUGCAAGCACAGGAGUCAACACCUACCUAUCCACCAUAUUUAACAAAGAGACAAUUCCACUAUCUCUUCAAUUACUUUUCUGCUCCUAACCUGUGCCAUUGGUAUUUAUUUAGGCAAGUUCACUUUGCAUUUCUGUUAUAGUUUGUACCAAAAAAAAGCAUUUGUGUUAGUACAAGUAAGAGUUUAUUUAUUUAUUUAGUUUGUUUGUUUUUGUGGAAACUGUAUUAAGUGUUCUAAUUCACUUUUCUUCAUGUCAGUCCACCAGUCUACAUUAAUGUGACUCUUCUUUUUUAAAUGACAUGAAAUCCUGCUUUUAUCUUCAGCAUUGUUGUUUUAUUUCUCCUCUGUAACACAAAAACAGUUGUCUUGUUAUCUCAACGCCAUGUUUUAAAGACUUAAGGUAAAUAAAGUUGUUGUUCAUCUGUCUCGA